CGGCUGCCCUCCGCGGCCGAGGAGCAGCUGAAAGGCGGGGACCAGAUGCUGGAGCUGAGCGGGCGGCACCUGAAGCAGCUGCCAGGCCCCGUGUGCUCCCUGGUCAGCCUGCAGAAGCUGUAUAUCAGCGGCACGGGGCUGCGGGAGCUGCCCGAGGAGAUCGAGGAGCUGCGGGAGCUGCGCAUCCUGGCCCUGGACUUCAACAAGCUGGAGGAGGUGCCCGAGGGGCUAUGCCGCCUGCCCCGGCUCACCCGCCUCUACUUGGGCAGCAACCGCCUCUUCGGGCUGCCGGCGGAGUUCGCCCAGCUGCAGACUCUGCGCUGCCUGUGGAUCGAGAGCAACUAUCUGUACCAUUUCCCCCGGGCCCUGCUCCAGAUGCCGGCACUGCAGUCCCUGCAGAUGGGCGACAACAGGCUCAAAACCCUGCCCAGCGGCCUGCCGCGGAUGUCUGGCCUCCGGGGCCUGUGGCUCUACGGGAAUCGCUUUGAGGAGUUCCCACCACCUUUGCUCCGCAUGUCCCAGCUCCACAUCCUUGACCUCGACCGCAACAAAAUCGUCGAGUUCCCAGACCUGGCCCACCUGCAACAGCUGCGACUCUUUUCCUAUGACCACAAUCCGGUGAAAGUGCCGCCCAGCGUUGCUGACUCUGUCACCCUGGUGGGCGAUGGGGCCCAAGAGCUGAUGGAGGCCAGGGAGGAGCGUCUCCAGAGCCUCCGGGAGCAGGAAGAGCAGGAGGAAGAUGGCUCGGAAGCUGUGCGGGGGGCCCUGAAGAACGACUCCUCUCUGCUGGAGGAUGCUGAGGGCAGUUUCUCUGCCUUGGAGUGUUCUCCAGAGGAGACCUGAGCUGAGUACCCCUGAAAACAGGGUUGUGGCUCAGAAUAUCUGGUGGGAUCCACUCAUGUGCAGCUGCAAGGGGCUGGGACCUUCUCUGGGUCCACCAUGGGCACCACCAAUUUCCACCUAGGACCACCAGUCCAGGGAGUCUCUCUCUCUCUCUCCUUUCAAGUGACAUACCACUGAUCAAAGGGGUCACCGUCUCUUUGCUGGGACCGGGGCAGCAGAGAGGGCCACUGUCUGUGUACCAGAGUCCAAGGAAAUCACUGUACCCUUUUAGACAUCCUGCCUAUCCACAGGGCUUGGGGAUUGGGAGGGGAACACACAAUGCUGCAGUGAUGGAUAAUCCCAGUAGUGCAGUUCUUUGGAAGGAUGUUCCCCAUUUGAGAUGGGAUAUCGAGCCGAGUUGGCUUCCUCCAAGUAGCCAGCCUGUGUUGGAAGCAUGAUUCUGAAUCGACUUUGAUAUGACAAGUGGCAGCUGCCUGCUACAUACCUACACGUGAAUCCUCCUCUGAAGCAUCUGGCCCAUCACAACGGGCCUUGGAUGCAUUAUAGGAAAAAGCCAUGCUUUUUAAGAUUAUUUCCCUUGGACUCUCUGCCCUGGAGGUCUGCAGGGGUUGAAUAUAAAUGUAAAACCUUUUCUCGUCCCAGAGGUUCCUACCCUGCUACUGGAAUUAGACUUGGAGAGAAACCUCCCCCGAGCUGCUCCUUCCAGCUGUCAGGUUUGAAAAGAAGCUGAUGUAAAAGCCUUGUUUGUGCGCAGAGCUCACUGUCUGUCCUGGAAAGGGUUUUGCCUCUGCUCUUUGUAUGGUGGGAAAAGGAGCCCCGUGUGCUGCUUCACAGGCUGCCUGGACUUUCCAUUCCCUUAAAUGGGCACAGAAGGAAAAGCUGGUAUGAACUGGGCCACCAGGACUGUGUGUGUCUGGGGCAAUGGGGUGGCAGCAGCAGGACUCUCUCCCUUUCUUCCUGGGGGUGGCAGGCUCAUUCUCCCCUGCCUCGCCCCGUGAGCUAGAUUUGUACCAAAUCUAAGCAAUAAAAAUGCACAGAAACUGAGAAAAUACGGUAUGAGAGAAAGAGGCUAUCAGGCUGAUUCUUUGGCAGGCUGUUUGGGGAGGAGGAAACCAGCUCAGUUGGGGUGGUUUAUUGAGUGUUGUAAACAGAAUGACAUUUCCUGGUGAAAGAACUGGUUUCUCAGACAACUGCGUUAUUUUUAACGUUCUAGGGAAUCCUGUUUCCUUUGCCCAGCUCUGGACUCUGCUCUCCUCCUACCACACUUCCUUUCCUCUCCAUUCCCCUCCUCAUCUCCUUCUGCUGUCUUCUGUCACCUCUGCUC